AUGGAAUACAGAAUCCUGUUACUGACUAGGUUUGAGUUUGAGAGAGCACGAGGAAAUGUGGCAGAAUUUUUAUUAGAUAAUGUUCAUUUUGAUUUACGUACAUUCUGUGGUUACUGCGAUCUUAAGAUACUGUUUGGAAUCAUAGAACAUAGGAAGGAAGAACACUCCUUUCAAGAAACAAAAUCCCUGGGUUUGAGUGCAGUUGGAUUCAACGUUGGGUUUCUCCCUAAAACAGUUUUCGAGUUCCUUAUGCAGGCCUUAACCCAGCGCCAAGGAGCACUUUUGUGCUUCUGGUUGUCUGUGCUUUUUGUGGUAGUAGGCUUUUGCUAUGGUGACCAUAGUACAGUGGAGGUAGUUGGAUUGGGAGAAUGCACGGACUGCAAGGAUAAAAAUAUCAAAACUAGCCAGGCUUUCUCAGGGCUACGUGUAACAGUAGACUGCAAAGCAGCAAGUGGAGACUUUGAAAGGAGAGGGGUUGGUGAGCUUGAUGAAAAUGGAAACUUCAAAGUGUCCCUUCCUCGUGACAUCGUGAAAGCUGAUGAACUGAAAGAAGAAUGUUAUGCUCAGAUACUCAGUGCAUCAGCUGCUCCUUGCCCUUCCCAUGAUGGUCCUUUCAGCACCAAAAUUGUGAUCAAGUCAAAAGGUGAUGACAAACACACACUUGGUCCUGCUGGGAAACUCAAGUUUUCUUCAGAGACAUGCGCUUCAGCUUUCUUCUGGAAGCACCACCCUCUCUUGCCUAAGCUUCCCCCCCAUCCACCUAUCACCAUCCCUCCUAUAGUAGUUCCACCACUUCCACCAAAAAUUUUCCAUAAACAUCCUCCUCCUGUCUACACUCCUCCUCCUGUUUAUACUCCUCCACCUGUCUAUACUCCUCCUCCUGUUUAUACUCCGCCACCUGUCUAUACUCCUCCUGCUGUUUAUACUCCUCCACCUGUCUAUACUCCUCCUCCUGUUCCAAAGGUUAUUAAGCCUCCACCAUCCCCACCAAAGGAGCCUCCUCAUCCAAAACCACCAAAGCUAUGCCCCCCAAAGGUUAAGCCUCCUCUUCCACCAAAACCACCAAAGCAGCCUCCUCAGCCAAAACCACCAAAACCACCAAAGCCAUGCCCCCCAAAGGUUAAGCCUCCUCUUCCACCAAAACCACCAAAGCAGCCUCCUCAGCCAAAACCACCAAAGCCAUGCCCCCCUCCUCUUCCACCAAGACCACCAAAGGAACCUCCUCACCCAAAACCACCAAAGGUCAAGCCUCCUCCUGUUCCGCCGCCAACACCACCAGUUAAGCCUAUCCCCCCACCGGUUCCAAUCUACAAGCCACAUCCACCUAUUCCACUCCCUCCACUCAAGCCACAUCCACCUAUUCCACUCCCUCCAUUCAAGCCACAUCCACCUAUUCCACUUCCUCCACUCAAACCACAUCCGCAUCCGCUUCUUCCACCACUCCCUCCACUCAAGCCACAUCCACCUAUUCCACUCCCUCCACUCAAGCCACAUCCACUUCUUCCUCCACUCCCUCCACUCAAGCCACAUCCACAUCCGCUUCUCCCUCCUCUAAAGCCACUUCCACCUCUUCCCAAACUUCCUCCAAAGCACUUUUUCCAUCACCCCAAAUGGCCUCCAGCUGGGAACAGAGAAAUGCAACGCGACUUAAGACAGACAACAGAGUAA